AACAACAUCUUCAGACACAAUCCCUUAUUAAUAUUAAAACGCACACAAAAUAGAAUAAAUUAAUAACAAACAACAUUAACCCGCGAUCGAAUAUUAAAGAAUAAAAUUGAGAUACGAAAUCAUACGGACACUGACGAAAUGACAACUUCACUGUUAUUUAAAUACAACAAACAAAUAUACAUUACAUUAUAAUAAAGUAAAAAUAAAGCGGGUGAAAUUUCGACGUCUGUAGGUAUGGGGCUAUGGAGAAAAAAGCUAUUGAGGCAGACCACGCCUCGCAGAGGCCCGGUCGAGCCACGCCUUCACUGGUGGGGGGACGGAUCGUAUUUGCCAGUCGGUACCCGCAUUCGCGACCCGCGUACGUUCUAGUUUAAAAAAAUAAUAAUUAAAAAGAAAACCUGUCAAUUUCCAGCGCCAAUUGGCGCGCUUUCUGACAGAUUAGGUUUUUAAUGUUUGUAGUGCUGUGAGUGAGUGUGUUUUUUUCGGCGGAUCAUUUUGGAAGCUAUAGGAAGGAUUUCGUAUGAUGGCGUAACAAACAGAAACAAAAAUGGCGGCGGUAUCAACGCCACACAUGCAGGACUCCCGUGUCAAAAUACAGGAAAGCGACGAAGAACCAUAUUCCCCAACCACCAGAGACACUGUCACCCCCGACUUCAACGAAGAAGACAAGGAAGAACGCCCCGUACACGCUUUCUCCAUCCACAACGUCCUGAAGAAGGAACGCACCAGCCCCGAGAAUGUAUUCUCAACUGAUAUACUCCUACAAAACACUCCUAACUAUGAAGAAAAUGAUAAUAACGAUUCUAGAAACUCUGAAAGCGUCAGCCCUAGAAUCGACUAUGAUGAUAAUCAGACAAAUGAAUCCAGAGCGGAAAUAAGUGUAGAUGACGAUAAUUCUUGCUGUAGUGAUGACACAGUAUUAUCUGUCGGCAAUGAAGCGCCCGUCAAUUAUGAAAACAAUGAUAAAGAACAGGGGCUAACAUCUUUCAAACACAUACAGACACAUUUAAACGCAAUCUCACAACUAAGUCAGAAUCUGACAAUGAAUCAGCCAUUAAUAUUACGACCGAAUCCUAUAACCCCAAAUCCUUUAAUGUUUUUAAACCAGCCAUUAUUAUUUCAAAAUCCGAUCAUGGAUCUAAAAGCACCUAUACCUCGGCCUGCGCCGAGUAAUAUAAUCAACCCUCAAGUUUUUAACCUAAAUUUCAGUCGAAAGACUCAAGAUUUAAGAAACACGCGGGCAGACGAAAAUAGAAGACUUAACUAUAUGACCCCAAAGUCUCCUGACGAAUCUAGGGAUUUCAUGAGUCAGAGUUUAAAGUUUAGUAUAGAUAAUAUUUUGAAAGCAGAUUUUGGGAGGAGGAUAACUGACCCUAUUAAGAGGAAGAAGAGGGUGGAAAUUAAGGAGGUUAAGGAGGCAAAGGAGGAGGCGAGGGUGCCGGAGGUGAAGAGUGGAGAGAAGGCAGGGGCAAUCGACUUGUCUAAAGGGGAUGACAGUGCGAGUAAUUCUGGGUCUACCACUGGGACGACGUCCGGCGACGGGCCCAUGGUGUGGCCAGCCUGGGUGUACUGUACGCGCUACAGCGACCGACCCAGUUCCGGACGAAGUAAGUACGGGACCUCACGGCAGACACGUCCGCGUACGCGCCGUCCGAAGAAGCCCCCUGGAGAGGCCCCGCAGAGUGACGAGAAACGGCCCAGGACCGCGUUCUCUGGCCCGCAACUCGCCAGGCUAAAGCACGAGUUCGCGGAGAACCGCUACCUGACCGAGCGGCGGCGGCAAGCUCUCGCCGCGGAGCUCGGUCUGGCUGAAGCCCAGAUCAAGAUCUGGUUCCAGAACAAGCGAGCCAAGAUCAAGAAGGCCUCGGGACAGAGGAACCCCCUAGCCUUACAGCUGAUGGCCCAGGGCUUGUACAAUCAUAGCACUGUGCCGUUGACGCGGGAAGAAGAGGAGUUAGAGAUGAAAGCGAGAGAACGGGAGCAACAGAAUAGACAGUAGAUUUUGUGGAAAGACGAGGCUAAUGUUUGAACUUCAGUUGGGUAGCUGCAGCUCUGCUAUAGCAGAUAUCAGAUGCACUCUUUAGGUCAGUUAUUAUAAUUCUUUGAAGGAUGCCGGAAGAAGUAAAGGUACUAUUUAACGAAUGAACCUGCUUGGUAAAUCAUCUCGUAAAGUCAGACAACCAUGGCUACCAACAGCGGCCUUUACAUCAUGACUAAGAUGGAAUACCACAAACUAUUAUUUUAUACAUGUAGGAGGAACAGUAAUUUAAGUAGGACUGUGUUUUAUUUUGUAUCUAGAAAUGGCGCUGGGCAGCUCUUAAGUUUUCUCUCAGUAUACAGCUGACAGAAAAAUACAAAAUAUUAAAAAGUUCCUUUCUAAAUUCACCUAGACAAAAAAAAAUUGGCACGAUUGCAAUAGUUUUUAGAUUUUAAAGACUUAGCCUUGUCUUUUUAGCAAAAAAAUGUAAAUUUUUGAAUAAAACGUGCAUUUGUAGGUUUUUGGACACGAUAGGUUUUACUGAGGUUUUAGUCAAACUUUAAGAUUUCGUUUUCAUGACAAAUUUUAGAAUCAUUUUGUUAAAUCUUUUAAGUUUUCUAAGCGAUUGUCCGUUUUAUUGUUCCUAAUGAUUAGUGCCAUGACAUAAUAUGGACUUGAAAAUUUGUAAAAAUAUUGUUUAUAUGGGGUUUUGUUCAGGCAGCUAACUAACAACAAACUCUGCUAAAAUUGUUUAAUUUUGUGCAAUAAAAUGUAUAGAAAUUAAAUAUCAUAAGUUUCUGUGAAUAGCGGCGAAGUUAAGCACAAUUUAAUUGUAACAGCAAAAAAUUGACGUAUUUUAUUUAAUUACAUUUAUUGAAAAAAAAAACUGAAUAAAACCUUGUCCUGAACUUCUAUAAGAAAGAUAAAUAGUACUAGCGUAUAGAUUAUAGAAUGGUCACUCCAUAGUAGAUACCUACGCCACCCUAAGCACAACGCUCUACCCUUUUUCUACAAAGCGUAGUGCAUUAAUACUAGGGAUGUCACCUAGAAAUUCAUUUUACAAAUACAUUAAUUUUACAAAAUAAUGCUGACAUUGAUAUAGAUAUCUUUCUCUUAGCUACACUGAAACAUAAUAUGAAUAAAAGAGAUGUGCUGUUUUUUUUUUAACUUACGAGUAUUGACGCUAUAUCUAUUUGUCAUUCUUAUUUUUUGCCAUACAAAAGGGCUUUGUAAAUAAGUAUUUAAGUAAAUAAUGUUAAAUAAAUAAUGUCCCACUCGAUUGUAUAAAUAAAUAAUUAAAAAUAUCAUGUAAAUAUUAUUUAAUAAGUUUUAAUAAUAAUUAAGUUAUUUAUUGUGCAAUGUAGCAGUAUUAGUAGAGUUGUAAGGGUUGGUGACAAACUGACGAUGGAUCGACACCACAGCUUUGUGGUCUACAAAAAAUAUCUACAAGAAUCUCAAUGCUUGCUCUGAUAUCAAGAAACCUAGAGACUGACAUCAUUGGUGACACCCCUAUGACAACCUAUUCAGAAAGAUAAAUAACCUCCCGAACGCCAGAACGCCACGCCUCUCGUGUGCGGCGCGUCAUGGUGAACCAGAAUGCACUAUAGUUGAUAUUUGCUGUAGCCGCGCGCAUCGGUUGUCGUCGUUGACGGUCAAAGGGUCAAAAUCCCCGUGUAUAGAUAAUUUUGAUCGCUUGGUACGUAAUAGUACGUAUAGCUACUAGUGCACUCAUCAGACUGUCACCAGCUCCAACCAUACAGUAGCAGUUUAUAGGAAAAACAUUAUUAAAACAAGUUUCAAAAAUAG